AUGAGCUUCCUUGCCAUUGUAGCCGCUGUGGCGGCACUGUACCUGGUGCUCAAAAUCAUUCAGGUGCUGCGGGAGCUGUCGCAACCGCCGCCUGCCGAGGCCCAGUUCAGCGUCGGGGAGAUCACCGAGCGCUCACUGGCCUACUACAAUGGCCGGGACUGGGCCAAGCCGCUGCUGCUCGCGAUCAAGGGGGUGGUGUAUGACAUCACCGACGCGAUGGACACCUAUGGCCCGGGCAAGGAGCUCUCGGCGUACGCGGGCCGCGAGUGCGCGCGCGCUAUUGCCAAGGGCUCCAAGGAGCCCAAAGACAUCGGUAGCGCUGACCUGGCGGACUGCAGUCCUGAGGAGCUGAAGCGGCUGGAGGAGAAGCUGGAAGAGCUGCGCAGCCGCAAGUGCCUGGAGGCCGGGAAGGUCGUGCCAUUGCGUGGCGUGACCCCCGAGGAGCUGGCGGCGUCAGACGGCAGCGAGCCCGCGCGGCCGAUCCUCAUAUCCAUCCGCGGCACCGUCUACGACGUAUCCAAGGGGAAGGACUUCUACGGGCCAGGAGGCGUCUACCCCUUUGCGGGCCGCGAGGUGGCGCGUGCGUUUGCCAUGCUGUCCACUGAGCUGUCAGACUGCCACGACAACCUGGAGGGCCUGGCCCACAUAGAGCUGGAGAACCUGCGGGAGUGGGAGGAGAAGUUCAACUGGAAGUACCCCAUAAUUGGGACGCUGACAGGCAAAGCGCUCGACAAAACGGCGGGCCAGCAGCAGCAGCAGCAGCAGCCCUCGGGGGCGGACGGUGGCGGCGGCACCGCGGCGCCCGGGGUGCCCGGCGGCGGCUCGCACAGCGAGCAGGCGGCGGCGGCGGUUUUCGGCAGGUAG